GAUGUCAGCGUACCAGAACAUUGUCGGGGGAAGACUGAGCCUGAAAGAGAAACCGCUCGAAGUUGUUAAAGCUAAAGCCGAGGUGGAUGUCAUUUCCAAAAAGAAGAGGAAUAAGCACAAACACCGUUAUGCCUCCCACUCCCAGUGUUGUGGAAAUUAUGAGUUUUUCUUCUGUUUUCCUUCCAAGUUAGUUGCAAAGGGUGAAAACAAAAUAUUGUCAAUAGAUUCCACUAACAACCAUGGAGAACCUAAUGCUUUUGAGGAUCACCUUACUUCAGCGGAGAGAAAAUUCCUACAGCAGACACGCCAACUUGAGCUCCAAAGACUGGAAAAAAUGGCGACCAAAUCACACCAUGAUCGCAUUCUGGAAUUUAACCAAUAUUUAGCUAAUCUAACUUAGCAUUAUGACAUUCCUAAAGUGGGUCCUGGUUAAUUUG